AAAAAACAAAAAAGAGAAAAAGUGCCGGUUCAAAAAUUCAUAAUUAUUAUUAAUACCAUCAAUAUAUCAGUUAUUACAGUUAUUGGAAAGUGUGUGAUAUAACUAUUGAGGUCUGAGUUUAUCGUGCUAGAGUUUUAAAGGUGCUAUUUAAUUAUUUAUUCCCUUUGCAAUUCAUUGUAUAGCAUCUAAAUUGACAUAGUUACAAGGAAAAACAACCAAGCGAGUAAGUAUGGCUAAAAGAGGUAGAGGAUCGAAGAUCGAUGAUGAUGAUGAGGACUUGGAGUUCGAUUCAAGCUUCACAUCCCAUUCGAGAAGAGCAAGAGCUGUGGUAUCUUAUAGAGAAGAUGAUGACGAUGAAGAUGAUGAUCUCGAUGAUGAUAAAGUGAAACCAGAUCCAAAUGAUACCGUCAAUGAUGAAGAUGUUAAUGGUAUCAAUGAUACUAUAGAAGAUAUUCCACCCCCUCAAAUCAAGACCAAACAGGAAAGUGAUGCUGAAGAUUAUCUUGAAGAUGAAGAUGAUGAAUAUGAUGAUCAACCUAAAACUAGAAAAAGAAAAUCAAAGAAAACUAAACCAGCUAGACAAAUCCAUUCCGAUGAUGAUUUUGAAGGUGGCGAUUUCGAAGAUGAAGAAGAUGAUAUAAUAUCUGAAGAUGAUGAUUUCGUGGAUAAACUACAACGGAAAAACUUUAUUGCUAGUGAUGAUGAUGCUAAUCUAUCUGAAGAUUAUGGUUAUGGUGAUGCUCGGAAAAAGAAAAAGAGAAAGACCACAAGAUCAAGGUCAAGAUCAGCUGAACCUAAAUUUGCUGCUAAAGCUAAUCUCGAUGAUGCUGAUUUAACUAAAGAAGAUGAAGAACCAGAUGAUAUUCAAAAGGAACUUGCCGAACUUUAUGAUUCUUCUCCUGAUGCAAGUCCUAUAAAACAUAAAUUAAGAGAUAGAAAUCAAGCCAUAGAUUAUACCAUUCCACCCCCUAUCACCAAUGAAACUCAAUUAUUCAAUAAACAACUAAGUCCCAUCAAUAUCGGUGGUAGAGGUAGAAAAGGUAGACCAUCAACUAAUAAAAGUGAAUAUAGAAAAAUCUUAUUUCCAACUGCUGGUCCAUUUGGUGGUAGUGAUGUUAUUUCAUUAUUCGGAACAAAUAUCCCUCCUGGUGGAAUCCCUAUCCCAGGUAUGACCAAUGAUAAUGGUUUAACUGCCAUUGGUCAGAAUCUUAGUGAUUCAGAUAGUUCAGAUGAAGAAAUCGCUCCUGUAAAUGGUGAAGCUACUAUAAGUAAGAAACCUGCCAAAUCAUUACUUAAUGGAGGUGGAGCUAACGGUGGAUUUGCUAAUAAUUCUAAUAUGAUUAAUAAUACUAAACUUAUAACUGCUGGUUCAUCCGAUCCAAAUGCUAAAGAUGGUAAAAAGAAAAAUAAUUUAAGUGAUACUGAUCCAUUAGGUAUUGAUAUGAAUAUUGACUUCACCGCUGUAGGAGGACUUGAUAAUUAUAUAAAUCAAUUGAAAGAAAUGGUAGCUUUACCAUUAUUAUACCCUGAAUUAUAUCAAAAUUUUGGUAUAACUCCUCCAAGAGGAGUUUUAUUCCAUGGUCCACCAGGGACAGGUAAAACCUUAAUGGCUCGUGCUUUGGCUGCCAGUUGUUCAACUGCAGAAAGAAAAAUCACGUUCUUUAUGAGAAAGGGAGCUGAUUGUUUAAGUAAAUGGGUUGGUGAAGCUGAAAGACAAUUAAGACUUUUAUUUGAAGAAGCUAAAAAUCAACAACCGGCCAUCAUAUUCUUUGAUGAAAUUGAUGGUUUGGCUCCCGUAAGAUCUUCAAAACAAGAACAAAUCCAUGCUAGUAUCGUCUCUACUUUAUUAGCAUUAAUGGAUGGUAUGGAUAAUAGAGGUCAAGUUAUUGUCAUUGGUGCUACUAAUAGACCUGAUUCAAUUGAUCCUGCUUUAAGAAGACCAGGUAGAUUCGAUCGUGAAUUUUAUUUCCCAUUACCUGAUAUAAACGCUAGAAAGGAAAUUCUUAAAAUUCAAACUAGAAAAUGGACUCCUCCUUUACAAGAUACAUUUGUGGAAAAGAUUGCCGAAUUAACCAAAGGUUACGGUGGGGCAGAUUUAAGAGCAUUAUGUACUGAAGCUGCUUUAAAUAGUAUUCAAAGAAAGUAUCCUCAAAUUUAUCAAACUAAUGAAAAGUUACAGGUUCAUCCUGCCAAAGUUAAAAUCAUAGCUAAAGAUUUCAUGAAAGCAAUUGAAAAAAUAGUUCCAUCCAGUGCAAGAUCUUCAUCAACUGGUUCAGCACCAUUACCUGAUCAUUUAAAACCUUUAUUACAAGAUAGUUUAUUGGAAAUUACCACUAAAUUAAGUGAUUUAUUACCUAAUUCAAUUGGUGUCCCAGGUCAAAAGAAAUUAACUGCAUUGGAUGAAGCCUUAUAUUUCGACCCAUCAAUCAAUGAUGCUGAUGGAGGUUUUUCAAGACAACAAUUAUUAAGAAACUUGGAGGGUUCAAGAAUUUGUAAACCUCAUUUAUUAGUAAGUGGUGGUCCCGGUAAUGGACAACAAUAUAUAAGUGGUGCUAUAUUAAAUCAUUUAGAAGGUUUCCAAGUUCAAUCUUUAGAUAUGGGUAAUGUAUUUGGGGAUUCAACCAGAACUCCAGAACUGAGUAUUGUUCAAGCAUUCAUUGAAGCUAGAAGAAGUCAGCCUUCUAUUUUAUUUAUUCCAAAUAUCGAUGUUUGGUUCGAAGUGGUUCCUUAUUCUGCUAGAGCUACUUUAUCAAGUUUACUUCGAAGUCUUAAAAGUACCGAAAAGAUCCUUCUUUUAGGUGUUUCUGAAACCUCGGAAGAAGAAUUAUCCCCUGAAAUUAAAAUCUUAUUUGGAAUCAAUAGUAUUGCCAAUAAUGUUAAUUUACAUAAUCCAAAUGUAUCUCAAAGACAAAUUUAUUUUGAAAGUUUAUUAAAAACAUUAAGUAUGAAACCAUAUGAGUUUAUUAAUGAUUUACAAAAUAGACCAAAGAGGAAAUUAAAGACUUUAAAAGUUAUCAAAGAUGCUACUGAUAAAUCAAGUGCAGAAAUAGAUAAGAAGAAAUUAAAACAAAUUGAAUAUAAUGAUGCUAAAUUAAAGAAUGUGUUAAAAAUAAAAUUAGCGGGAUUAAUGGAUUUAUUCAAAAAUAGAUAUAAAAGAUUCAAGAAACCAAUCAUUGAUGAGAAUUUACUUUAUCAUUUAUUCGAUCCAACCGUGAUUGAUAACCCACUUCAUCAAUAUGAAGUAUUAUAUGUUAAAUCUGAAGAUCCUAAACAUGAAAAUAUGAUCUUGGAAUUAACAACAGGUAGAUUUUUUCAUAAUAUGGAUUUGGAUAUCAUUGAAGAACGUUUAUGGAAUGGAUAUUAUAGUGAACCAAAACAAUUCCUUAAGGAUAUUAAGAUGAUCGUUAAGGAUUCUAUCACAUCAGGAGAUAGAGAAAGAAUAUUAAAGGCUAACGAAAUGUUAACCAAUGCACAAUUUGGUAUUGAUGAUUUCAGUACUCCAGAUUUCGUUAAUGCUUGUCGUGAUAUGAGAGCUAGAGAACUUGAAAGACAAGAAAAAUUAUUACAAGAUCAUAAGAAAUUAACCGAUGAGUUCAGAAGACAACUGUUGGCAAAUAUCAAAGAUUUAUCAACUAUUGAAAGAGUCGAUUCUGGUAACGAAGAGAUAGCAAAAGAAAAUGGACAUGUUGAAGAUCCAAUAGUAAUUGAUGAAGUGAAAGAGAAUGGAUCAGCAGCUCCUUUAGAGGGAUUAUUGAAUGAAAAAGUCGAGGCAGAAAAACAAGAACAAGUAGAACCACAACCAGAACCACAACCUGUUACAGAAGCUAUUACAGAAGUUGUUACAGAAACUGUUCAAGAGGUUAUUCGAGAAGACGCCACUGAACCAAUUACUUCUGUCACUGAGAAGUCAGAUGUUGAUCCGUUAGAUUCUGCUAUGGAUAUCGAUACUGGCGCUGUUGUUGAUGAAGAUAUUGAUUCCGAAUCCGAAAUAGAAGAUGUAGACAUUGACACCGAAAAACCACUUGAUUUGAAUCAAACUGAAUUUGACUCAUUCUAUCAAGAUCUUCUUCAAAUUACAAAUAAUUACAAUGUUGAAAGAUUAGAAAUAGUGAUGGCCAAAUUAAUGGAUAUCAUCUGGGCUGAUAGAGGUGUUUGGGAUAAAUCUGACACUAUUAAUAAAUUAAGAUCAGUGAUUACACUGGUUAAAAAUGACAUGAAAAAUGGAUCGUAAUUAGUCUUUUUAUAUUCUUCAUAUAAAUGAAAUAAAUAAAUAAUAAACAAACAAAUAAAUAAAUAAAUUAUUUUUAAAU